AUGACUGAAAAUGACUUUUACUGUGAUCUGUGCCUUAGGGAAGACGUUAAAAAACGAGGGAUUGUAUAUUGCUAUAAUUGUUUAGAAAUACUGUGUAAAGAAUGUGAACGACAUCAUAAGAAAAACAAAGCGUCAAUAAGCCAUAAAUUGAUUGAUAUCAGCCGAGAUGCCAUUGAAUGGAAUACAAAAGACUAUGAUUAUUAUGAGCGGCAUUCGAAGUGUACAAAACAUAGAUUAAAAUAUGUGAAAUUUCUUUGUAAAACGCACGAUGAGUUCUGUUGUGAAAAGUGUGUCCAAACAGAGCAUAAGAAAUGCAAACUUGUAGACGAAGUGUAUCUUAAUGCUGAAAUCAAACAGACGUUAGAAAAUAUGGAACAAACCGCAGACAAAUUAAUAAAGCAUGAAUCCAACUACCGAUCUAAACUGGACGCGGAGGAAGAAGAAGGGCGAUGGCGCUUAGAAAAUCUAAAGGAGCAUAUUGACUAUUCAUACGAAAAAUUUAAAAGCAUUAUUUUGACAGAAACGUUAGUGCGACGGAGAUAUUUGUCAUCGGCCAGUUUGCUACAGACUGCUUCUGUAGAGAAGCUUAAAGCCGAGAUCAGGAGCUCAAGUGAAGUCGUUGAAAACGCUACGAUUCAAAACAAACUACCCAGUUUUCUUCUGCUCAGAGAAGUACAACAAGAACUACAAGAGUAUGAGGAAAAGCUGAUCCAAUUUAAACGAAAAGCCAGUUCAGUUACUGUCCCUGUGGUGGAAACAGCAUCAGUUCAAGAUAUAUUUAAAGAGGUUGACAAGUUUGUACGUGUCGAAGAAACACCUCUGGAACCUACAUGUUUUGAAAUGUUGUUGCCCCAUAAUCCUCAAAAAGAUACUGUAGAAAAAACACUGUAUGUGAGAAAAGAAUAUCCAUAA